AUGCAUGAUGAGAAGUUUAAGAUGUUAUAUGAUGCGAAGCGAUUGCGCACUUUCCUCCCCCUAACAUGUCAAUCACUGCAUGGACAAUUCCAUUUGUCUGCCAAGGUAACAAAUGACCUGUUACCAAGGCUACCAUGCUUGCGAGCCCUCUGCCUAUCACAUUACAACAUCAUGGAGUUGCCUGAAUCAAUUGGAAAUUUGAAGCUUUUGCGGUACUUUGACCUCUCUCACACUUCAAUUCAGAGGUUACCUGAAAAUUUAAGUACCUUAUACCAAUUGCAGACUUUAAUUCUGUCAUGUUGCUCCUCUCUUACCGGGCUGCCAACCAGCAUGCGAAGACUUGUAAACUUGCGCCAUUUGGACAUUAGUCACACCAAACUAAAGGAGAUGCCAAGAAAAAUGAGUAAGCUGAAGUGUCUACAAACAUUAACUGAUUUUGUUGUUGGAGAAACUAGCGAAUGCAACAUUGGAGAGUUGGGUGAGCUCUCUAAUCUUCGCGGAAAACUUUAUAUUUCUAAGCUUCAGAAUGUUGUCCACGAAGAUUAUGCUUUGGAGGCCAAAAUGCAGGAGAAGAAGUACCUCGAUGUGCUAGUCUUCAGUUGGGCUGGUCAUGCUGAUGAUUCACAUCAUGAAAGAAAUGUACUUGAAAGGCUCCAACCUCAUUUGAGCUUGAAAAAACUCACAAUUGAAAAUUAUGGGGGUACAAGAUUUCCAGAUUGGUUAGGGGAUCAUUCCUUCACCAAUAUGGUCACUGUACAUCUUGAAGAUUGUAAAGGGUGUUUCGUUUUGCCAACACUUGGGACGUUACCAUCUCUCAAGGAGCUUUACAUCUCUGGAUUUGACGGGGUAAGGAUGGUAGGUUCUGAGUUUUAUGGUACUUGUUCUUCAGUAAAUAAGCCAUUUAGAUCCCUAGAAAUUUUGAAGUUUGAUGGUAUGUCAGAGUGGCUUGAAUGGUCUGGUUUUGGAGGUGGUGACGAAGUUGGUGCUUUCCCUUGUCUACGGGAGCUCCAUCUGCAACGGUGUCCUAAGCUCAGAGGGGAUUUACCCCACUAUCUUCCAUCUUUGACAUCAGUUUGGAUUUUUGAAUGCCAGCAGCUGGUGGCUUCACUUCCAAGGGCACCAUCUAUCCAUGGCUUGAAGUUCGGACACUGUGAUAUGUGGCAGCUAAAAGAACUGCCAGCUGAGCUGCACUGGCUCAGAAUUGAAGGAUGCCAUGUGCUGGAGUCUAUACCUGGCAACGUGAAGCAAGCGACAUCUUGUCUUCAAGAGUUGUUUAUCUCCAACUGUUCUUCUCUUGCAUCCUUCCCUCGGGAUAGCUUACCUCGUACACUGAAAGCCCUGGAAAUUGAGGGAUGUGGACAGUUAGAUAUUCUUUCUGACUGCUACUAUGCAUCCCUUGAAAGUUUGUCCAUAUGGAGAAGCUGUGAUUCCCUCGAGUUUUUUCCAUUGGACAUCUUCCCAAAAUUAAACAAUCUCAAAAUCCGAAGCUGUAAGAGUUUGAAAUCACUUUCCAUUUCAGGUGAACCUAACCAUGAGCUUCAGUGUUUGAGUUUCUUGGAAAUAUGGGAUUGUCCGAGUUUGGUUUCAUUCCCCGAUAUAGGAUUGCCAGCACCGCACCUGACACAAUUUAGAGCAACAGAUUGUUUGAAGUUGAAGUCGCUGCCUAAGGGGAUGAACAAACUCCUAUCUCUUCAGACCUUGGAAAUAUCCGGAUGCCCAGAACUCAUGUCAUUUCCUGAUGGGGGUUUGCCCUUGAACUUGAAUUGCCUCUAUAUUUGGGAUUGCGACAAACUCAUUGCGCAGCGAUUACAUUGGAAGCUGAAAGCUCUGGUGUCCCUUAAAUGUCUUAGCAUCAUGGGUGGAAAACGGUCUGAUGUGCAGUGUUUUCCAGAGGAGGGGAUGCUGCCCACCUCUCUUACCUCUCUCUCCAUAUGUGGAUUUCCAAAUCUCACAUCACUUGGUAAGGGGCUGCAACAACUGACUGCCCUUGAAAAACUAGAAAUCAGCCACUGCCGCAAGCUCCAAUGUUUGCCGAAAGACGGGAUGAAACAUCUAUCUUACCUCUGCAUCAGAAAAUGUCCUAUGCUGAAACAAAGUUUCCGAAAGGAAAGAGAAGAUUGGCCUACAGUAGAUCACAUUCCCUUCGUAGAGAUUGACAAUCAGCGGAUUUCGUAA